AUGUUUCCAUUUACAUUCCUUCCGUCAAGCCUAGUACACCCACCAAACAUUUUCCUACGUCGUGGUGUUUGCAUUUUUCUUCUUUUUCUCUUCUCUGGAAAUUUCUUUUUCAUUUUUUCUUGUCUGUCACGUUCUUUUUCGCAGACUUUUAUCUUUUGUCCUUCCUUCCUUCCUUCCUUCCUUCCUUCCUUCCUUCCUUCCUUCCUUCCCCGCCUUCACGCUUUUCUCUGUUCCUUUUUCUAUCUUCCCAUCAAUCUGUGGGUAUUUUUUCGUUUCCCACCUUCGUUUUACGAUUUUUUUCGUUUCCCUUUAUGUAGGAAUAUUUUCCCGCCUUUUAUUCUUUACGUUUUUUUCCCUCGCUCGUUCAUUCAUUCAUUCAUUCAUUUAUUCAUUAUUGCUUUCUUUUCUCCAUUCCUUUUUUACCUCUUAUCUGUUUUUUCUUCCUGUUUUUUCUUCUUUACUAUCGACGUUUCUCCUUCAUUUUUUCAACCCUCUUUUUGCUUUUUUCUUCUAACCCUCCUUCUUGUCCCCUUAUUUAAUUCUUUCUCUUUCUUUCGUCUUUUCUUCAUUACUGCCUUAUUGUCUCCAUUACCUCUUUCUUUCUUACCUCCAUUUUUCUUUUUCCUUCCUUCGUAUUUUUCUUUUCUGUGUCAUUUUUUUUCCCAUACGUUUUUUUUUGUCUUUUCUUCCGAUUUUUCUAUUUUUUUUUUGUUCCCUUUGAAUUUCCAUUCCUUCUUUCUCGCCACUCUUUCCCCGAUUUCUAGUGCAUUUUUGUUGUGUCCCUGCAUAUCUUUCAAUUCUCUACCCGUUACCCGCAAACCCUGCCCCACUUGUAGCACUGCAGGAAAAAGACGCCAUCUCACUUCCCUGUUGGCCAUUUUAUACCAUUCUCACUCAGUCAAGUAA